AUGGUCAAAAUAACACUGAAGACGGUGCAGAACAAACUGUUCACAGUCGAGGCGGAGGAGGCAGAGACUGUCGGCGAUGUAAAGAGGAAAAUCGAAGAAUCUCAGACCUUUCCGGUAGAGCAGCAAAAAAUCAUUUACUCUGGAAAGAUAUUGCAGGAUGACACUUCCAUCGGAUCUUUGAAAAUCAAAGAGAAAGACUUUUUGGUCGUCAUGGUCUCCAAACCCAAAGCUGCUCCCAAACCUGUCGCCACUCCAACUCCAACUGAGCCCCCUGCCCCAGUGGCGUCAGCCUCAGAAGUUACUCCCGCUGCCCCUGCGGCAUCUCCCAUUGCAGGGUUGGACACGACCGCUGCUGCCCCCGCUGCUGAAACUGCAACAUCUGCUACUGGACUUUCAUCGAGUUCUUUCGUGACAGGUCCAGCGUUGCAGGCGGCGAUAUCGAGCAUGGUGGAAAUGGGGUUCGAACAUGAUCAGGUAGUGCGUGCCCUGAGAGCGAGCUACAACAAUCCCGAUCGAGCGGUGGAUUAUCUCAUGAGUGGAAACAUCCCAGAAGUUGAAGGGCCGGCACCAGCAGCGACUGCUCCGCCUACACAGACCGCUCCUACUAUACCAACACCAGCCGCUGCUCCUAGCCAAACUCCUGCUGCUCCUGCCGCCCAACCUGCUCCUUCCGGAUCAGCAGGGAGUGCCGAGAAUCUGUUCGCCACAGUGGCACGUGAUAGAGGAACCAGCGCUCCCGCCAAUGUACCCAGUCUCGAAGCUCUAGGUAACUCUCCACAGUUACAACGUCUUCGUCAGAUGGUUCAGCAAAACCCUGCACUCAUAGGACCUUUGUUGCAGCAGGUCGCCGCUCAUAAUCCUGCUUUGGCGCAAUUAAUCAACCAACAUCCUGAGGCGGUGUAUGAAUGGCUUGGAGUAGGAGGUGGGGAAGGGGAGGAUGACGAUGAUCUAAUGGGACCGCAAACGAUGCGGAUCGAUCUGACGCAACAAGAGGCGGAGGCUGUCCAGAGACUCGAACAACUUGGAUUCGAUAGACAGGUGGUCCUUCAAGCUUACCUGCUGUGCGACAAAAACGAAGAGUUAGCUGCCAAUUAUCUGUUUGAGCAAGGCGAAGAGGACGAUCUCCCUCCUCAGCUGUGA